AUGUCAAUGUCAAGAAACAGGGCUAGAGUAUCGCCAUACCCGCUUCGCUCUUCUAGAAGUAACAAUCAAAUAUCACCGGAUCAGUCUCCUAUUCAGACAGGAGGUGUAAGAGAAUGGGAAGAUGUACGAUGUGUGAUCUGCAUGGAACCACCUCACAAUGCUGUCCUUUUGCACUGUUCUUCCUCCUCCAAUGGAUGUCGUGCUUACAUGUGUGACACGAGUGUUCAACACUCCAACUGUUUCAAGCGAUACCGUAAAAACAACAAAAACUGCUUAAACCCUAAGUCUUUAAACUGCCCUCUCUGCAGAGGGGAAGUUUAUGAGACAAUUAAUGUGAAAAGUGCAAGAAGAUUCAUGAAUGCUAAAAAAAGGUAUUGCACUAAGCAAAAUUGCGACUUUUCGGGGACUUAUUCUGAGCUUAAAAAUCACUUGAAAGUUGAGCAUCGCGUUGCCAACCAACCAAAUGUUGUUGAAGUCAUGAAUGAAGCUGGGAUUCUGCAAGGGACCGAGGUUGUGCAUCAUCAGCCUCCUCCUAUUCGUUUAGUGAUUCAGGUGGGUGAUGAUGGAAUCGUGCAGAAUAUUUUUGGUUUGAACGAGUUAAGAACGCAUUUGGACCAACUGGUGCACUCAACUAUGUUGCAGCUCUCAUGUCUAGGCUAG